AUGGCGAAGCUUGAGAUGUACGGCAGAGGGCUAGGCCUUCGAAUGGCCAUUCUGUUCACUUGCCUGAUGGCAUUCGUUUUGUUCGGUUACAACCAAGGGGCUAUUGCGGGUGUCCUUGAGAAUGAGGAUUUUCGCAAUGUCGUCGAGCAUCCCAGUUCUGCUGUCCUUGGGGUGAUUGUUGGCAUUUACAACAUCGGCUGCUUGGCUGGCACUGCAGCAGCCUUCAUGACAAGUGACCGCCUUGGAUUUCGCAAGUCCAUGUGGAUUGCCAUGGGCCUUCUAACAAUUGGGGCGAUUCCACAAGCAUGCGCCUAUUCCAGGGCUCAAAUGCUCGCAUCGCGUUUUAUCGGGGGGAUUGGCACCGGGAUCAUGACCUCGAUCGUACCGGUGUACCAGUCUGAGCUUUGUGAAGCGCGGAAUCGAGGAAUGUACGUGUGCAGCCAGCCUCUCUCCGUUGGUGUUGGAAUCUCGGGUGCCUACUGGUUUGUCUAUGGAAUGAGCUUCGCCCCUGGAUCAGUCGCUUGGAGACUUCCAAUCGCUGCUCAGCUGGUUUUCAUCAUCAUUGUGGCCAUACUUGUUGCCGGGCCGGAGAAUGACCCCAAAGUGGUCGAUGAUGCGGAGGGAAUAUUUAGAGCCACUGAGCUAGACAGUCUCCGCGGCGAGUACAAAUGGUCCCAGGUGUUGAAGAAGGACGAGAUUCAAACGGGCCGACGGGUCUUACUGGCAUAUGGACUGCAGUUCAUCAACCAAAUGGGAGGUGUCAACAUCAUCGUGUCCUAUGUCACGACCGUGCUGCAAUACAAUGUUGGUUUGGACCCCAAAACCAGUCUACUCCUAGGAGGAGUGAUCCAGGUGAUGUUUGUCAUUGGCUCCUUCUAUCCCACUUUCUACUCUGAUCGCCUUGGCCGGAAGAAGCCGAUGAUGUGGGGCUCUUUUGGCCUGUUCAUUUGCAUGAUGAUGAUCUCCAUUCUUCUCUCCUUCAAAGGAACGCCGCAAGAGAAACCUGCCGGUGCUGCGUCCGUCGCAUUCUUCUUCCUCUUCAUGCUGAUUUAUGGCGCUUCCACUAACUGUGUGCCCUGGGUGUACGGACCUGAGCUCCUGCCCAUGCACGUCCGCACAAAAGGCAACGCCAUCGGAAUCUCGGCGAAUUGGCUCUGGAAUUUCUUCGUUGCCAUGAUUGGGCCAACACUAAUUACUGAUCUCGAGUGGAAAGGCUACCUUAUCUUCAUGUGUAUGAAUCUUGCUUUUCUUCCGAUCCUUUACCUAUACUACCCAGAAACGGCCAAUCUCAGCCUUGAGGAAAUUGACUCCCUCUUCAUGGUGAAAGCAACCAGCCACAGCUGCUCUACACCUAGCGCUAGCACAAGUACUAGCUCCACUAAUGACCCGGAUACCGUUACGACCGAGAAGAAGAGUACGGUUACGGCUCAGACUCAUGCUCAGACUCAAACUCAGGCACAAACUCAAAGGCAGACCUCCAAGAAGGAGGGUGGCUCUUUUCCGCCAGUUUGA